UUCUAUAGUAUUAAGAAAGAUGCUAACACCCUCUGCAAAGUUAAAAGCAAGGGCAGUAAUAUUACUAAAUGCCUUAAUCUUGGCUCUAGCUGCAGCAGUAGCAGCAUUAUAUCUACCCUGUUUAAGCUAACCGCCUUCUGCUUAACAGGCAGCCGCACUAGCUUUAGCACUAGUUAUAAGCAGGCUUGCAAGAUAGACAUAAUUACGCGCUCUAAGUCUAAUAAUAAAGAUAAUAAUAAUAAUAUCCUUAGCGGCUAUAACUAG